AUGAGCGCUUCCGUGGAAGUCAAUGCCGCUGGACCUUCUGUAGCAUCUCCGACUGCAACUUCAAUCUCGUCUCGUCCUGUCGCAAUCUACCUCCAGGACGCCUGUUUACAACAUCGUUAUAUCCGUUCGCGAGAUACAUCCAACGUCGUUGAGCGUCCAGAGCGUCUUCGCGCAGUGAAAGUAGGGCUGGCGGCCGCUAUCGCUAGACUGGAAGAAGAGACCCAAACUGGACAACCACCGCUUCCUGAUACCGACGUCAAGUCCGAAGCGGAUGAUCUCGCCGAUGCCAUCGGUCGCAUGAACAUCGCAUCUACAUUCACCCCACCUCGCAAAGCGGAGGAGGAAAUACAUGUCGCAUCUGGGCUGCCUAUUCGAGUUGUGAGAAGCUCAGCGACGGUGGACUUAUUGAGCCACCCAGCGGCCAAGCAUAUUCAUGGCGAUAUCGAGUGCGAUGUGUACUUGGGGAAGCUGCGCGAUCAUACCAGAUCAAGCCGAGAUAAGAUAGCAAAAGGAGAACUGGAGAUCUUCGAGGGCCUCAACAAAGGCGACCUAUACUUAUGCCCAGAGUCAUUGGAUGCGAUACAAGGUGCACUGGGGACGACUUGUGAAGCAGUAGACGCUGUGAUCGCUGCAUCAAGAGCUACAGAGGCUGUGGCUGAACAAGCACGACGGGCAUUUGUCGCCAUCCGACCACCUGGCCAUCACUGUGGGGAGGACACGCCCUCUGGCUUUUGUUGGGUGAACAACGUGGCCGUUGGUGCCGCCCAUGCGCAUCUUCAACACGGUGUCAACCGUAUAAUCAUCCUUGACAUUGACCUGCAUCACGGGAAUGGCACACAAUCGAUCAUCUGGCAGAUCAACGAGGAAGCCUACCGCCUGAAGCUUGAGCGAGAAGGAGGGGCUCCAGUCGACGACAAACCGAGUAUGCAGGUAUACUACGGAUCUGUCCAUGACAUAUUAUCCUACCCUUGCGAGGAUGGGAAGAUGGAGCUUGUCCAAGCCGCAUCUGUAUCGAUUCACGGCCAGCAUGGGCAGUACAUCGAAAACAUACAUCUAGAGACGUACGAUUCCGACGAUGAGUUUUGGGACGCACUCUAUCGUGGAACAUACAGCCGAUUACUGAAGAAAGCUCAACACUUCCUGGAGAGUACGGAUUCGGGCGCGGACGACGCCAUGGUCUUCAUCAGCUGCGGUUUCGACGCGUGCGAGCACGAGUACGACUCCAUGCAGCGACAUCAGCGCAAGGUCCCUACUUCCUUCUACCACCGCUUCACGCGCGAUGCUUGCGAGUUUGCAGAUAAGUGGACCAGUGGUCGUGUUGUAAGCCUUCUCGAAGGUGGCUAUAGCGACAAGGCGCUUUCGAGUGGUGCAAUGGCCCAUAUUACCGGUAUGGUGGGAGGGUCGGGAGACGCGCUCGCCCGCGAAGCAUGGUGGACUCCUGAUUAUGUCGAUUCGCUUUCGAAGCUGACCGCCCGGAAAAAACGAGGCAAAGUCUCGUUGUCCGCGACAGACAUCGCGCCUGAACAGUGGCUCUCUCGGACCUCGGCUCUUCUCGCUCAGAUGGAUCCUACCGCAUUGACCCAGCCACGUAACAUCGUACCCCCAAGCACCCGCACGCUACGUGCGCGCACGCCAGCUGAUACUCGCCCCUCGACCGCUGAGAAGGCCAAGGCUCCCGCGUCUCGGUCAUUGAAGCCACCAUCGUCUGCUGCGAAGGCGGCGAGAGAAUCAGACAAUUCGUUGACUGAAUCGUCUAGUUCUGAUUCAUCAGCUGAUGAGACACCAGCGCCACCACCUCGAGGAGAAGCAGCAGGGCAGAAGAAGUUGCCGCGCGUGGUGCUCAAGCUAGGACCACGGCCAGAGGCCUAA